AUGGCGGGGGCAGGGCGCGGCGAUGUCGCCACGCAGACUGGUGGGCAGCGCUCGGCGGGUGGCGACCUUGGCCUGUCCGUGAAGGACACCGCCCUAGCGCCCUACGUGGCGGUCACGCUCGGCCUGCGCAGCGCGUGCACGGAGGUGAUCGAGAACCGGCCCAACCCAGAUUGGGGCGCGUGGCCCUUACACCUGAACGUGGACGCCGCGGACGUCGCCGCCGCCGACGAGCUCCAGAUCCAGCUGGAGGUGCGACAGCGGACGCUCGCGCCCAUAUGGAAGGGCGACGACGUGCUCGGCGUGGUGCGGGUGCCGCUGCGGGACGUGCUGCAGGCCGCCAAGGUCGCCAGCAAGCCCCUGGCCCUGAAACGCAUGCGGCUGGAGGACUGCACCGGCAGCGACCUGUCGGUGAGCUUGCUCUUCCAGCCCGUGCCCGCACCCGAGCCCGAGCCAGACGCAGAGGUCGCCGAGGGGGCGCUGGGCGACCUGGUGGAGAAGUUCGGGCACGAUGGGCCAAUCAACCCGGAGGAUUCGCAGUGUGGUUGUCUGAUUGCAUAG